AUGGACUUCAUCAACCUGGAUCAGCCUGCAGGGGAGUCUAAUGCCAGGCGGCUCCUGGUCAGCGUAUUUCAAACACAGUACAAUCUGGAAAAAGGUUUCCAGGCAACAAGCAUUCCAAUUCCAGGUGGAACUGAGGACAAUUCGUGUGCCAUCAAGGCUAAGGUGGGAAAAGUAAUUCCUGGGUCUUUAGCUGGGGCCACGGUAAGCAAUUCUGCCACCGGGCAGAAGGAGUCUUCCAUCUUAGACUAUCCCUCUUCAGUCCAGGCUCAGUGUGAUGGAAGAGGGGGAGUCAAGCUGCUUAGGUUCCGUAUCCAGGCAAUUGAAGUUUCUCUUUGUGAGCUGUGGUUCACAGAGCCCAGCUGUCAUCACAGCUGCAAGGAGGAUUGGUUAACUCUAUCAUGGAAGAUUAUCCUAAGUACAAUGUUCACAUCAACUUUUCUUCUCUUUGGACUUCAAAAUCAUCCACGGUUUAAAGAAAAAAAGUUUUCUCAAAAACACAGACAAAUAUCUAGCAUAAUUGAAGAAUAUGGUGCCCGGCUCUAUAAUUACCAGGCUAGACUUCGAAUCCCUAAGGAGCAACUAGAACUAUUAAAGAAGGAGAGUCAGACUUUGGAGAAAAAUUUUCGUGAAAUCCUGAUUUUAACUGAACAAAUAGAUGUUCUGAAGGCAUUACUUAGAGACAUGAAGGACGGCAUACACAAUCACAGCUGGCCUGCCCACCAAGAGGCUAUGCAGAACCAGGGCACCACUGAGGUUCUUGAUGACGAAGUGUCAAACUUGGUACAUUAUGUGCUUAAAAAGUUCAGAGGGGACCAAAUACAGAUGGCUGAUUAUGCCCUGAAGUCAGCUGGAGCCUCUGUCAUUGAAGCUGGGACCUCAGAAAGUUACAAAAACAAUAAAGCAAAACUGUACUGGCAUGGGAUAGGGUUCCUCAAUUAUGAGAUGCCCCCAGAUAUGAUUCUUCAGCCAGAUGUCCACCCUGGAAAGUGCUGGGCCUUUCCAGGUUCCCAGGGUCAUAUCCUGAUCAAGCUGGCCAGGAAGAUCAUCCCGACAGCAGUCACCAUGGAGCACAUCUCAGAGAAGGUGUCCCCCUCAGGAAACACCUCGAGUGCACCCAAGGAGUUCUCUGUCUAUGGCAUGAUGAAAAAAUGCGAAGGAGAAGAAAUGUUCCUAGGUCAGUUUAUGUAUAACAAAGCGGAAACAAACGUUCAAACGUUUGAGCUCCAGAAUGAAGCAUCUGAAUCUUUGUUAUGUGUGAAACUUCAAAUCCUUAGCAACUGGGGACAUCCAAAGUAUACUUGUUUGUACAGAUUCAGAGUCCACGGCAUCCCCAGUGAUCACACUUAG